UGUAAUGCAACUAUAGAAAUAUGACUUAGCAUGUGAAUAUAACCGCUGGUUCAAAGUGCCUGGCAACUGUAUUUUGUCCCAAAGAUACAAACGUCGCAAAAGUGAAAGGAUAUGAAUGUCGAUUUAAUACAAUUGAGAAAACUUAAGUAGCGACGUUUUCAACAAAAUAUAUGCAGUAGUUUGAAGUUCUGAACAGGAUGAAGAUGGCAUUUCAAGUAUACGGUUUUUUUGCUUUGAUAUAUAUGACUAUUUGGCAUAUGGUUGAUGCAAAACCGCCAAACAACAACGAUUAUAUGUCUGGCGGCGGGGGAAAUGGUGGCGGUGGAGACUUAACUGCAAAAUCCAUCCCUUACGAUUACGGCUACAAUGGUGGCGGUGGAGACUACUCUGCAAAAUCCAUCCCUUACGAUUACGGCUACAACGGUGGCGGUGGAGGCGUCGUUGCAUAUGCCAUCCCUUACGAUUACGGCUACAAUGGUGGCGGUGGAGGCGUCGUUGCAUAUUCCAUCCCUUACGAUUACGGCUACACUGGUGGCCCAGUAGGCAUGGUUGCAUAUGACAUCCCUUACGAUUACGGCUAUAAUGAUGGCGAGAAUGGAUUUGCGAUUGAAUAUUCCAUUCCUAACGAUUACAACUACAAUGAUGCCGAUAAUGGAUUUGCGUUUGCCGAAUCCAUUCCUAACGAUUACGGCUAUGACAUCCCAUUUGAUUAUAACUACAAUGGAGAGGACACGACGACAACACCAAGCUCUGGUUACCCAGGAGAACACACGGGUACGGUAACAAUUGAGACUACGAGUUCUGCGUCCCCACAGCAACAGAACGUUGGUAUUGCGGCUGAAAACGCCGCAUCCAGUGAGCCGGUUACCGAUCGCGACGUUGCUAAAGCCCUGUACAACAGACUUCUCGAUGACAACGAUGUGCGCGUGAGACCAAUCCAGAAUCAAUCAAAACCGAUCUACGUGAACACGAAAUUCGUUCCCCUUAGUAUCAUCGAGUUCGACACCACGGAGCAGACGUUCGCGAUCCUAGGGUACUUCCGGGUGCGGUGGAUAGACCAGACCAUGACGUGGAAACCGAAGUACUGGAACUCCAUCAACACGGUGAAAGUGACAACUGACGCUUUGUGGAAACCGAACAUCAUUAUUCACAAGGCAGUAGACGGCCGAGGAGAGAUCGGUGCAAGCGAGACAGACAUAUUGGUCAUCAAUUGGAACGGGAAUGUACAGUGGGUGCCUGAAGGCAUAUACACAAUUGUCUGCGACGUAAGCAUCCAGUACUUUCCGUUCGACGUACAGACGUGCGUUCUCACGUACUACGUAGCGGACGAGAGCACGGCAUCAGUGACGCUAGACCACUACUUGACCAUUGACAUGAGCGAAUACAGCGAGAACGCCGAAUGGGUCGUCACCAGCGUUACACGACAACGCGUCGUUCGAAACAACAAUUAUUACAUCGACAUCGAAUUUCGUUUACAGCGCCGCGCAAACUUCGCGUUGUUCACGCUGAUCGCUCCACUAAUGGCGCUGGCCUUUCUAAACAUUUCGGUGUUUCUUGUUCCCGUAGAUUCCGGAGAAAAGGGCUCAUUCGCUAUCACGAUAUUUCUGUCCUACGGCGUACUUAUCACGAUCAUCAGCGACACUCUGCCUAAAAAUUCCGCCCAGACUUCGACGCUCGUUCUGCUCAUCGAGACGCUUCUCUGCCUCAGCGUGCUGUCCGUGGUCUACACAGUAGUUCAGGCAAAGGUGGCGUUCACCAUCGGUCGCAAGCCAUGCCCGAUCCAGUGCCUAAGAACGCUGAAGAAACACAAUCAAGUCCUCCCUAUCGACCACUACAUUGAACAUGGAGGCUACACGUCCAAUGGCGACAACGUCUACACAUGGGGAAUGUUUUUAAAGCAACUGGAUCUUGUCCUGUUCUUUGUAUUCUUUGUCGUUGUCAGCAUAAUGAUUGGGAUUUUCUUUGCAGUUCUUCUCCGGCAUGUCGGCGUAGUUGAUUCCUAUGCAGACAUUGAGCCACAACCAACAACUCGAGUGUUUCCCAUCCCCACAACUGCGAGUGGAUAAGCAGCGCAGUGAAUCUGAUAAAAUGCGUGAACGUAAACCGUUUUAAAAAUACCGAAAUCUGGUUUCCAAAACCAUGAAAUAAUAUCUUUCACAAUUGUUUCUGAAGGAGCAAACCGUAACGCAAUACUGAAAUAAUAUAUUAUAUUUAAAAAAUAUUAUAAUACAUUAAAAGACUUUAAGUGUAUUGUAUGCCUCAACAUUUUAAUGUAUAUGACGAAACGUCCGUUCGAAUUGAGGUGCCCUUUCCUGAAGCUGACAUUGCCAGCUACUAGUUUUAUUUGUGGCCACGCCGAAUCCAUUGAUAUAAAAGAUUUCGCUUUCUCUGACCUUUGUUUAUUGGGUUGAAAUUCGUCAUAGUUCUUUCGCAGUCUUUCGGUUUGGCCGAAACUUAUUUCGCUUCAAGAUAUUUUUAAUUUGAAAAUGGUAAUAUUAUUUUUAUUUAAAACAAAAUUCGUUUGAAAACUAGGUCAUGCUUUAUAUGUUGCCUAACCCUGAUUAAAUUUGUUUUUGGUUCUUUUAUCUUGAUACAAACUACAUGUGUAUAUUGUAUGACUCUGUUAUUAACUUUUAUCUUAAGAAUUCAAAUGGUUGCCCUUUUCAAUUCUAGCAUGAUAACUGGCUUUAUUUUCAGAGGAGCCAAUUAAACGUAUACAUAGAGUAUAACAGGUUAAUGCCUGAUCUUUGUGUAAUAUAUCAGGCAAGGCUUAGAAUAAUAUAACGGCGAGGCUUGCCGAGCCGUUAUUGUAUUCGUGCCGAGCCUGAUAUAUUACAAAAAGAUCAGGCAGUAACCUGUUUUUCUGUUUAUCAUACCUCUGCAUCACCGAGUUUUGAAAAAAAAGAGAUAAUCGCUUAAAAGCUGCAGUGUUAGCAGGAAAGAAUAUUAUAGUUGUCGUUUGACGUGUUGUUAAUAAUGACGUCAUGUGCUCUAGCGCUUAAUAUUUGUAAAACAUGUUGUUGUUUUUUUUCUGUGCGUGUUGCAUUUUGUGUUAAAAAUAUAUUACA